AUGAGCGCUCCCUCGGCGCUGACGGUCGUCUACCCGCCCUCGUUCCAGAACUCGUUCUGGUCCUAUCCCUCGUACCGGAGGGGAGCCCAGAGCCUCUAUGCCCGGCUCCAGGCGGGCAUAGACGAGGCCGACUCGAUCCUCGCCUUUGUCGCCCAUCGUGCCGAGCUCGAGUACAAGCACGCCGAGGCGCUGGCCACGCCGGCUCCCCAGCCCAGCUUUGCCGCGCCCCUGUUCAAGCAGGCUGGCGGGCUCCUGUCCGAAGUCAUUGGCUCGCCCGUGCUUGGCGGUGAACCCGGUGGUCCGCUCGGCGGAAGCGGCGGCGGCGUCGGCGGCGGCGGCUCGGCCCGUGGCUUCCUCUCCAACGAGACGGGCUCUUCGCACGUCUUCCGCCUGGUGCAGGCCGAGACGACGUCGGCCCAGGCCAACGCCCACGGCAAGAUUGCGCGCAACCUCGAGCGCCUCAUCCUGGACCCCUUCACAAAGUGGUCCGUCCACCACCGGGAGCGCGUCACCUCGAGCUGGGCCCACAUCGAUGCAGCCCUUGCCCGCUUCGAGAGGCAGAAGGCCGAGGUGGACAAGCUCAAGCAGAGCUACGAGAAGAAGUGUCGGCAGGCCGACGAGGCCGAGGACGACGCACGCUUCGCACCCAACGACGACAGCAGCCACGAGACGGCUCAGCCGCAGCGCUCCGUCUCGAGCAGCAGCGCCGCGUCGCUGCCAGAGCUGCCAGAGAAGGACGACGGAGACGCUGCCGCUGCCGCUGCCACUGCCGAGCCGGCCGAUCCGGAGCGCCUCAAGCGCAGGGAGACGCUGCGCAAGCAGUUCGGCUUCAACAACCGCGUCGUCUCGGGCAGCUCGCAGCCGCCAGCGGCAAAGGAGUUUGCUGGCGUCAAGCUGCCCACGCCGCCCAGCGAGACCGACGGCAGGACCGCGGCGUCCGAAGAAGACGCUCGCCCCGCUCCUGCCAUCUCGCCCUCAGCCUCGAGCGAGGCUGGAAACGGCUCGCUCGGCGCGGGUCUUAAGCGAUCCGGCACCAUCGGCGCCUACCUUCACUCGGCCGUCGAGAGGAUGCCGACGCCGCUCAAGGCGGCCGUGGGCGGUGUCGUGUCCAACGAGCCAAAGCACAUCCGGCUGCGCAGGGACGCCGACAAUGCCGAGCGCGUCUACGAGGAGGCGGUGCGCAACCUCGACCGCACCCGGUGCCAGGUCGAAGAGAUCCUCUACGAGCACUUUGGCCUCGCCCAGAAGUGGGAGGCCGACCGCAUCAAGGCUGUCAAGGCGGUCCUGGCGUCGUACAACACCGCCCUCUCGGGAGGCGUGCCGGCGCUCAACCAGUCCAUCGCGCGAUGCGUCCAGCUGCACGAGAGCCUCCAGCCGGAUCUCGAGCUCAGGGCCCUCAUCCGCGACGCCCGCACCGGCCCCUUCCAGCCGGCCAUCGAACGCUUCCAGCCCUACUACCACGACGAGAUCUCGCUCGGCCGCAGCGCCCCCGGCCAGGGCCAGGCCGCCGGCUGGAUGACCAAGAACGGAGGCUUCGGCCUCGACCUCGUCCUCGUCGAGAGGCUCGACUUCCUCGACAGGAUGGAGAGGGAGGGCGUCGAUGCCAUCGCCUCGUCGACGGGCAAGCUUGCCACGCUGCCGCCCGUCCUCGAGGCUCUGCUGGCCGCCCUGGAGCGGGCCUAUGCCGACGACCAGAGGUGGCCGAGCGCGCUUGCCGCCGCCGCUGCCAGCUCCAAAGCCACUGGAGUCGGGGCCGUGGGAGGAUCGGAGGCAGGCACCGACGGACUCGAUGAGAGCUCGGUCCUGCUCAUCCGGAGCCAGGAGAAGCGCAAGACGUGGGUCUACGAGGUGCCGCUAAACGUCACGCACCGGCUGCGCGAUGCCCUCAUCUCGCAGCUCUCGCCGUCGCAUGCCGACAUGAUCUACGGCAACCGCGACCGCGCCAACGCCCAGGGCCGAGACGAUGCCGGCGACGCGACGCCCGCGUCCGGCCUGAUCUCGGACAAGAUGCUCGACGCCUACGACCCGCCGGUGCUGGCCGCCUGCGUCAAGCUGUGGAUGCUCGAGCUCGAAAGGAGCCUGGUGCUCGACGAGCUGUGGGACCAGGUCGACGCCAUCUACCGCGCCGCCGCCGGCCAGGAGAGAGAGGCGCUCGAGGCGCUCGCCAGGCAGAAGGCCGCCGAACUGCAGCAGCAGCAGCAGCCGGACGGAGCCGCCGAAGCAGGAGCCGCAAAGGAUGCUGGAACGGCAGAAGCCCAAGACAAGGGUAAGGGCAAGGGCGCGGCUGCAAGCGGACCGCUCAAGGUGGAUCUGGCGACCGAGGAAAAGAUCCGCCGAGGCGUGCUCGAGGACCUGGGCGUCGUUCUUGGAAAGUUGCCCAAGCUCCACCUGGCCUGCCUCGACGCCAUCGCCAAGCACCUCCAUGGGCUCCUCAAGGACACCAAGACCGACGAGAGCGACCUCGUCUACCUCAACAAGGUCGGCCUCGCCCUCGGUCGCGCCUUUAUCCGACCGCGCGCCGAGACGCCCUACACCAUCUCUGCUCGUCACCCGACGCUGCUGGUCAUGGACCUCGUGCAGCACUACGAGGCCAUCUUCCCCGCGCUCCUCGAAAAGAAGCUCAGCGAGCAUCCGUCGGCCGCGGGCAACGGCAUCGCCGCUGCCAACGGAGAUGCGCCAGCCAACGGCAUCUCGAGCGCCGUGACAGGCGGACAGCGCAAGGUGCCGAUCCGGAAGCGAACCAAGCCCGUUGACCAGCGCAUCUCGCGUAGCUCCAUCGGCAGGGAUCUGCAGGAGGGUGCCAAGCGUCUGGCAGAGCAGUUUGGCGAGCGCGGCGGAGGGGCGGGAGCGGGCGCGGCUGCUGCUCCGAAGCCGCCGGUCAAGGACGAGACGCCGGCCGUCCCGACCAAGACGGAGCCGAUCGUCGAGGAGCCCCACGAGGCGUUCGCGACGCCGUCCGAGGAGAUCGAUGCCGCCGCCGUCGAGCCCGCGGUGCUGCCGCCCGCGGCGCCAGCCAUCGACACGUCAAACCUGGACGUGACGGCCGAGAAGCAGGCUGACGACGAGGCCGCCCCGACGCCGUUGGCCCAGCGCGUGUUCGCCUCCGGCGCGAGCAGCGACGACUCACCGACGUCUGCUGCUGCUGCGGCAACGCAGAGGCAAGAGGAGGAGGACGAAGACAGGCCACUGUCCAACGUGGCGCGCCUGUCGCGUCAGUUUGCCAGCGGCGGCAGCCUCAAGGGCUCGGGCGGAGGCAUCGUGCGCGGCCCUCGACCGGCCGGCGCCCGGAGCGCACGGCUGUCGGGCAACUUUUCCAACGGCAGCACCGGCAGUGGCGGGGCGAGCAAGCGCGAGAGCAUGGACCUGGCACCUGCCACGGGCGACGACAAGUGA